AUGUUAAAUAUACUACUUUCCAGCGCGUUAGCAACGAUAAUCUUCCCAAGAACCAGCCAAUGCAUAGUUCAAGAUGUGCCGAGUAUUUUCGGACCCGUCCCAAACAUCGGGGAUUUUUCUGGCGUUAACUCGACUCGCUACCUCAAAAAGCGACCAGGCGACUUCGUUCACCCUGGAAUAUGGCAUACCCACGAAGACCUUGAGCGGAUUCGAACGAAUGUCAUAAAUGGCAAAGAACCAUGGGCCUCCGCGUACGAGCAAUUCAGCGCAGAUACCUAUUCCCAAGCUACCUACAAGAUCCAGGGCCCAAAGCCGGUGAUCUCGCGCGGUUUGACCAGCAACUACACCACCUUUGCCCAUGACGCGCGCGCGGCCUGGCAGAAUGCACUCAUGUGGUAUAUCACUAAGAACGAAUCACAUUGGGACCGGAGCACCACUAUCCUCGAUGCAUGGGGAACGAACCUCACCAACAUCAUUGGCAUCGAUCGGUCUUUACUUGUUGGCCUUGACGGCGACCUGUUUGUCAACGCAGCGGAGAUCAUGCGCUGGGAGGGCAAUUGGACUGAGUCUGGCGCCCGCUGGCAGGGUGGCUCUGGCUUCAGUAAUCAGCUGUACUGGCUAUUUGCACGCCAGUCUGCGGUGGUGGGUCAGGCAAACUACGGCAUGGUCAGCAUCAAAGCGAUGCUUAGCUUUGCGGUCUAUUUGAACGAUGUGCAGCUUUACAACUACGCCAUGAAUGCGUACAUCCAAGAUAAUUGCGCCGGGUUGUUCGCGCAAUACAAGCCAGAGACCGGCCAGUCCGUGGAGGCAGGUCGAGACCAGGGCCAUACGAUGUCUGCCAUCGGGUGGGCAGCAUACGGAGCCAGAGUCGGACAAAGCCAAGGGGUCGAUCUGUAUGGGCUGGGCCACAAUCUCCUCCUGAAGGCUUCUGAGUAUGCUGCUCAAUACAACCUCAACUCCACGGUCGAGUAUGACUCGGCGUGGUCCCGCUGCGAAGCUGUUCUUGUGAACGGACCGUGGGAUACUAUUUCCGACGCAAACCGUGGAGUAAGCAGUAAGAUUCCGAUCUGGGACUUAGUAUAUUAUCAGUAUGUGGUAAGAAGAGGCGAAAAGGCUCCUUGGACGACAAAGGCCGCAGAACACGAAGGCUUUGAAGGGGCUGUUUCCAGCAACGACCAUCCAAGCUGGGGGAGUCUGAUCUGGGCCCACUAAACGGAAUCAUGGAUAUGUGCAUCGAUCGAACAUGCGUCAAUUUGAUUUGUGGAAUCAACCUGAAUAGUGGACCGCUUGGCGAUUUACUAAUAUACGAUUUUUAUGAGC